AUGUUUCGAGAUGUUCCUGCUUCAAGUAAACUCUUGGAAGGCUUUCGCAAAAUUAUACCUUCGGGGUUUAGGCCACUUACUCCAGAAAUGCAGGUAGUUCUUGAUACCGCUGACAAAUUGAAGAAGGGCGGAAAUGGGUUAAAGAAAGAGGUUAAGAAGGAUGGUUCUUCUGAAGCUCGUAAGCGGAAGACUCCUACUCCCUCAGCAAGCGAAGACUCAGAUUCUGAGACCGAGUCAAAUGUUCGUGUUGAAACAAAUCAACCAAUUCGCAAUGAGGAGGAAAUACUGGUUUGUUAUGAAGAGGCAGAGACAGUUCACAAUCAAGAGCCUCCAAUUCAUAAUGAAGAAGAUACUAUGAACCGAGAGGUUACAGUCAAUGUAUCUGAUAUGGGGGCCACAACAUCAUUGUUCACUACCCCUGUUUCUUCAUCUAUUUCUCCUAUUCGUAAUGAUGAUCUAGAAAUUAUAUUUGUUGAUGCUGGUCAGCUGAAAGUUAUUAAUGAGAAGCUUGAUCAACUGUUGCUAGCCUCCAAGUCCUCUUUUUAUGAUGCAUAUUCAAAAGCAGCGGUUGAAUCCUUAUUUGAGAGAAUAACGAAUGAGCAUGAAGAAAAUGCUAAGAAGAUGAAUGCAUCGGUUUUUGAAUUUGCUGAAGUCUGCAAAUCUACCACCAAAAAAGUCAAUAAACUAAUUUCUGAGAUGACCAAUUUCAUGGAAACUUAUAGAACGAACUACAAAAACAAUAUAGCCUCUGUGAAUGAAGCCCUUCGGAACUUAGGGGCAAUGUUUAAGACUGAGAAACUCAAUCUGAAGAAGGUUUGCUCUAAGCUACAGCAAGACCAUGCAUCGUUCCAAAUAUCCCUUACUUCUCAUAUUACAAAGCUUCAAGAUGAAUUGGCGAUGGAAAGUAACAUCAUGGAUGCCCUUGCGAGGAAGACAGAAAAGGGUGUUUCUCCUCAGUCUUCUGAAUAUAAACAAGGGGGAGAAGGUGCAUCAAAGGUUCAACCUCAGAAAGUCCUUGCCAAGCCCAUUAUCAAGAAUGAACCUAAGGGCAAGGAAAAGUUGAUUGAAGAAGAGCUGAUUAUUGAUGAUGAUAAAGAUAAAGAGCCUGAUGAAGCUGAACUUAAAAGGCGGAAGGUUUGCGGUGUUGAACUUAAUGAAACUCAACGAAUUGUCAAAGAGGCUGAAGAGAAAGAAAGAGCAGAAAGGGAAGCUCAGGCCAUUCUUAAGAGCAGAAUGUUAUUAUUUCCAAAGUGGACCUUGAAGAAAAGUCAGCAUGAUGUUGUGGAGCUGCCCAAAGUUGGUUCGACAGAUGUGGAUAUUCCCAAAGUUUUGAAGAAGAAGCCAACGGAUGUUCCCAGGGAAGCUCCGAAAGACUUGGAGAAGUUAAAGCCAGGGAGGAUAUACAAGGAAGGAUGGUUCGUGGUGUAUCAGUACAGAGAAUGA